AUGCCGGAGCAGUCGAUCCCCAAGGAGGCGGCGUACCAGAUCAUCAACGACGAGCUGAUGCUGGACGGGAACCCGCGGCUGAACCUGGCGUCCUUCGUCACCACGUGGAUGGAGCCCGAGUGCGACAAGCUCAUCCAGGCCUCCGUCAACAAGAACUACGUCGACAUGGACGAGUACCCCGUCACCACCGAGCUGCAGAACCGGUGCGUGAACAUAAUCGCGCAUCUCUUCAACGCUCCUCUCGGGGACUCUGAAACCGCCGUUGGAGUGGGCACCGUCGGCUCUUCCGAGGCCAUCAUGCUGGCUGGGCUGGCGUUCAAGAGGCGUUGGCAGAACAAGAUGAAGGCCGCCGGCAAGCCCUGCGACAAGCCAAACAUUGUCACCGGUGCCAAUGUGCAAGUUUGCUGGGAGAAGUUCGCGCGCUACUUCGAGGUGGAGCUGAAGGAAGUGAAGCUGAGCGACGGCUACUACGUCAUGGACCCGCAGAAGGCCGUGGACAUGGUGGACGAGAACACCAUCUGCGUCGCGGCCAUCCUGGGCUCCACUCUGAACGGCGAGUUCGAGGACGUCAAGUUGCUCAACGACCUGCUCACCAAGAAGAACGCGGAGACAGGCUGGGACACGCCGAUCCACGUGGACGCAGCGAGUGGCGGGUUCAUCGCGCCGUUCCUGUACCCGGAACUGGAGUGGGACUUCCGUCUGCCGCUCGUGAAGAGCAUCAACGUCAGUGGGCACAAGUAUGGCCUGGUCUACGCCGGCAUCGGGUGGUGCAUCUGGAGGACCAAGGAGGACCUGCCGGAGGAGCUCAUCUUCCACAUCAACUACCUCGGCGCCGACCAGCCCACCUUCACCCUCAACUUCUCCAAAGGUUCCAGCCAGGUCAUUGCACAGUACUACCAGCUGAUCCGACUUGGCUUUGAGGGUUACAAGAACAUCAUGGAGAACUGCCAGGAGAACGCGAUGGUUCUGAAGCAAGGUCUGGAGAAGACAGGCAAGUUCAACAUCGUGUCCAAGGACAACGGCGUGCCGCUGGUGGCCUUCUCCCUCAAGGACAGCAGCCGGCACAACGAGUUCGAGAUCUCCGACUUCCUGCGCCGGUUCGGCUGGAUCGUGCCGGCCUACACCAUGCCCCCCGACGCGCAGCACGUGACGGUGCUCCGCGUCGUCAUCCGCGAGGACUUCAGCCGCACCCUCGCCGAGCGCCUGGUGCUCGACAUCGAGAAGGUGCUGCACGAGCUGGACGCGCUGCCCGCACGCGUCCCCAGCGGCGACCUCGCCGCGCUCGCCGCCGCCGAGGAGAGUGAGAGGGUGAUGGAGAAGAAGCGCCAGGUGAUCUCGCUCUGGAAGAGGGCCGUCCUCGCCAAGAACAAGACCAACGGCGUCUGCUAA